AUUUCAGAAUGUUUGUAAACAAUAGGCACCAAGAUACUUCCGGGUGGCAGAACGCAAGCUGCUUCCAUUGACCUGAAGAGAUCCAGCCGGCUACUGUAAAAAUAGUUAAAAACAUUGAAGUUGUAACAAUGACGAAAACGUGUUGUGUUUGGGGUUGCGCUGCCAGGUAUACAAAAGGUGUGGGGUUUUAUAGAUUUCCUUCGGGAAAAACUAAAUUGAUCCAGCGGAACCUGUGGGUGAGGAGGUUAAAGCGAGUGGAUGCCGUUACAGAGAAGAUAGCAAGACUGCCUGGUGGCGGAGUAGCCACUUCUAACGGGAGAGACUGGGAACCAAACAUCCACCAUCGUGUUUGUGGAAGACAUUUCCUCACAGGUUGCCCGAACCCUGACCCUGACCACCCUGACUUUGCUCCUUCACAACACCUGGGACCUGAGUUAGCAGAUCCAACCGCAUCUGCUAAGAGAGCAGCAGAUAACCAAGGUCGGUACCAUCGAGCAGUGAGAAGGAGACUGCCUUAUUCUGCUGCUGGACCAGGACCAGAACCAGAGAUUGUGCCUGACAUAGAAGACAACCAGGAAGAAGAAGGGGACAACCAAGACCAUGGGGAACAAUGUCAUCUGUGUGAAAUGCUACAGCAAGAGGUGCUGUGGUCGUACAUGUACGAUGAUGGGAAAGGUGCCAAGCCUCUUCCCAGGCCUCUCCAGCAUCAGCCCAGGGAUGGAUCCGACGGAGUCGCUAUCAAAACUCAAACUCCCAGAAACCCAGAGGCGUCUCCAGCCUCCGCCAUGAAGGACCCGGGCCUGGGUGCCGAGGAGUGGGACCGGAUACAGAGGGCUCUCCACUGGGGUGGACCGGACCACCAGGUCACCACGGUGAACAUGAGCACCAGCCCUGACAACUCCACCUUCGUCAUUAAUGACCUCAAGAACACUUACCAUGUGGGAGAUGAACUCCAUGUCACCAUUGUUGCCAAGAACUUUGCCGGUGUACCAAAACGCUAUGGAGGGGAUUUCUUCCAAGCAAAGGUUUAUUCAGGCAAACAAAAGGCCAGUGUGUUUGGAGAAGUACUGGACCACCAGAAUGGCACCUACUCGGCCCGGUUCACUCUGCCCUGGGCAGGCGAGGCGUCGGUGGCGGUCCGUCUGAUUCACUCCAGCGAGGCCGUGUUGGUCCUCAAGCAGCACCGGAACACGGACUCUGACCGCAUCUACUUCCACGGCUACUUCGUGGGCAAGAACCCCCAGGGUGCUCGAGUGGAGGAGAGGGUGGAGUGCAACAUUAAAUGGGACGGGGUGGUGCUGUCGGCCCAGAGGAACUGCUGCUGUGAGUACCAGGAUGCCCGCACGCGGCUGACGUGGCAGUGCCGCAAACCCGGCACUCUGCCCUGUGACACCCUGGUGUACCACUCCGUGGGGGGCUACAGGAAUCGCAUGACGGCCCUCGAGAAGAUACUCCUGGACAGUAAACAUGUGAACCGGUGGCUGAAGGGUGACGCACGCCUGAUUAGAGUCAUCGCCUCGAAUGCAAAUAUUGGAGUGAGAGAGCCAUGUAAACCUGGACUGCCCACGCUGAUACCAGCAGGAUUCUACCUGAACAACGUCUGGACGUCAUUUGUGUGUGGUGCCCGUCAUUUCACAGCGAACGACACAGCCCAGUGUCUAAAGGACAAACACAUCUACAUUAUGGGAGACUCGACUAGCAGGCAGUGGUUUGACUUCCUCAUCCAGACUGUCCCCACUCUGAGGCGCAUGAACCUCCACACCAUGUUCCAAGUGGGCCCACUGAUGGCUGUGGACGUGCAGAACAACAUCGACCUACACUACCGCUCCCACGGACUGCCCCUGCGCUGCUUCAAGACCCCAAUGUCGUCGCUUCACUACAUGAGUAACGAGAUCGACGACAUGGUCGGUGGGCCGCACACGGUCAUUGUCUUCAACAUGUGGGCGCACUUCACCAACUACCCGCUCACCUUCUUCACCUACCAUGUGUUUCUGAUUCGCCGUGCGGUCGUGGCGCUGCUUAGACGGGCGCCAGGGACCAAGGUUGUCAUCAAGACAGCCAACACGGGCUACAAGUGUGUGUGGCAGGAUAUAUAUGGCAGUGAUUGGUUUUCCAUGCAGCUGGACCGAAUCCUGAGAGAGGCAUUCCGCGACGUGGGAGUUUACAUCCUGGACGUGUGGCAGAUGACCGCCUGCCACUAUAACACAGAGAACAUCCAUCCUGCCCCUGUGGUCAUCAAAAAUGAAAUUGAUAUUCUUCUCUCCUUUGUCUGCCCCCAGUAAAGAGCCAAACCCUCCGGACUCCCCAGUCCAACGCCUUCUCUUGGAGUCCUGAUGGCACCUUGUCACUUUGGCCCACUCCCCCACCCACUCACUCACUCACUCACUCACUCACCCACUCACCCACCCAUCCACUCACUCACUUACCCACU